AACGAAACUAACCUAAAAUAAAAUUGUUUAUCUUUUGAGAACAAUACAACUAAUUAAAAAUGGUUUUAAAGCCAGGAAAUAACCAAGAACCUAUGGAAAUAACCUUCAACGACGAUGAUCUGCCUUACGAGGAAGAAAUUUUACGGAAUCCCUACUCGGUGAAGCACUGGCUUCGAUAUAUAGACCACAAGAAAGCGGCUCCUAAUAACGAAAUGAACAUAAUCUUCGAAAGGGCGCUCAAGGAGUUACCGGGUUCGUACAAAUUGUGGUACAAUUACCUGCGGACCAGGAGGAAUCAAAUUAAAAGCAAAUGCAUCACCGAUCCGGGUUUCGAAGAAGUAAACAACGCCUUCGAGCGUUCGUUGGUGUUCAUGCACAAGAUGCCCCGAAUUUGGAUGGAUUAUUGCACCUUCCUCACCGACCAGUGUAAAAUAACGAGAACCCGAAAGGUCUUCGACAGGGCCCUUCGAGCCUUACCCGUUACGCAGCACAACAGAAUAUGGCCUUUGUAUUUGAAGUUCGUACAGAAACACGAUAUAUCCGAAACUGCCGUUCGAGUUUUCAGAAGGUACAUGAAAUUGUGUCCGGAAAACGCCGAAGAGUACAUCGAUUACUUAGCGUCGGUGGAACGAUUAGACGAAGCCGCUAUAAUCACGGCUAAAAUAGUAAACGACGACAACUUCGUGUCGCAACAGGGCAAAUCGAAGCACCAACUUUGGAACGAGCUGUGCGAGUUGAUCUCCAAAAAUCCGGAAAAAGUCCGCUCGCUAAACGUCGACGCCAUCAUCAGAGGCGGCCUGCGCCGGUACACCGACCAAUUGGGCCACCUGUGGAACUCCUUGGCCAAUUACUACGUUCGCAGCGGUUUAUUCGAGCGGGCUAGGGACAUCUACGAAGAGGCCAUUCAAACCGUUACGACCGUCAGAGAUUUCACACAAGUGUUCGAUGCUUAUGCGCAAUUCGAAGAGUUAAGUCUGAGCAAACGGAUGGAAGAAGUGGCCGGAAAACAAAACCCCAGCGAGGACGACGAUACGGAAUUAGAGCUGCGUUUGGCGCGAUUCGAGUACCUCAUGGAACGCCGAUUGUUGCUCUUAAAUUCGGUGUUGCUCCGCCAGAAUCCGCACAACGUGCAAGAGUGGCACAAGCGCGUACAGCUCUACGAAGGCAAACCGCACGAGAUCAUCAACACGUACACCGAAGCCGUGCAAACGGUGGAUCCCAAACUGGCCGUGGGCAAGCUGCACACGCUGUGGGUGGAAUUCGCCAAGUUCUACGAGGGCAACGAUCAAAUCGAAGAGGCCCGGCUGAUAUUCGAGAAGGCCUCGCAGGUGCCCUACGUGAAAGUCGACGAUCUCGCGACCGUGUGGUGCGAAUGGACCGAAAUGGAAAUCCGCAACGAAAACUACGACGAAGCUUUGAAGCUCAUGCAAAGGGCGACGGUGAUGCCGAGCCGGAAAGUGGCCUAUCACGACGACACGGAAACCGUCCAAAGCAGGCUGUACAAGUCCCUCAAAGUGUGGUCGAUGUACGCCGAUUUGGAGGAGAGCUUCGGCAGCUUCAAAUCCUGCAAGGCCAUCUACGAUCGAAUCAUCGAGCUGAAGAUCGCCACGCCGCAGAUAAUCAUCAACUACGGCGUGUUCCUCGAGGAGAACAACUACUUCGAGGAGGCGUUCAGGGCGUACGAGAAGGGCAUAUCGCUGUUCAAGUGGCCCAACGUCUACGACAUAUGGAACACCUAUUUGACCAAGUUUUUGAAACGCUACGGCGGCGGUAAAUUGGAGAGGGCGCGCGAUCUGUUCGAGCAAUGCCUCGACGGUUGUCCGCCGCAAUUCGCCAAACACCUCUAUUUGUUGUACGCCAAAUUGGAAGAGGAGCACGGAAUGGCCCGGCACGCCAUGGCUGUAUACGAAAGAUCCACGAAGGCUGUACCGGAGAACGAGAUGUUCGACAUUUUCAACAUAUACAUCAAACGAGCCGCCGAGAUAUACGGGAUACCGAAAACGAGGCAGAUCUACGAGAAAGCCAUCGAGGUCCUUCCGGAGGAUAAAACGAGAGAGAUGUGCCUGAGAUUCGCCGAUAUGGAAACGAAAUUAGGCGAGAUCGAUCGAGCGAGGGCGAUAUACGCGCACUGCAGCCAAAUCUGCGAUCCGCGCGUCACCGCCGAAUUCUGGCAAAUCUGGAAGGAGUUCGAGGUGCGGCACGGCAACGAGGACACCAUGAGGGAGAUGUUGCGGAUCAAGCGCAGCGUCCAGGCGGUCUACAACACUCAGGUGAACAUGAUGUCGGCGCAGAUGCUGAGCUCGGCGGGCAGCUCGAGCGGCACCGUGGCCGAUUUGGCGCCGGGCGUGAAGGACGGGAUGCGGCUGUUGGAGGCGAAGGCGGCCGAGAUGGCGGGCUCGGCGGCUCAAAAGGGCAAUAUCAUGUUCGUCAGAGGGGAGACCCAAGGGGAUAAUAAGGAUAAGGUGGUGAAUCCUGAUGAAAUCGAUAUAGGAAGCGAUGAUGAGGAGGAAGAGGACGAGGAGGAGAUACCGUUGGAGAAACAAAACGUGCCGUCUGAGGUGUUUGGGAGUCUCAAGAAAAAAGGGAACGAUGAAGAUGAGGAUUAAAUGUGUAUGCUAGUAAAUAAAUCGGAAACGCGUAAAAAGAGAAAUUAUUUAUUUAU